UCAACUUGUUUUCUUUCUAUUUUCGUUCUAACUUCACUUACCUCCUUAAGUGAUAACGUACACUAGUGCAUUAUAAUAUAUAGUUGCUGGUUAGCUAGUUUGUAAGUUGUAACAGUACGCACAUGUGAUUGUCCCAUGCACCCCCGAAGGCAUGUAAGAUUUAGCCAUAUCAAUCGUCUAAUUCCUCUUCAAAUUAAUUCAGUUACAAUAUAUUAUUCUAUUUUGUAGAAGAGAUCGCUAUCGGCCACCUAUACAUGGAGUUGCAGGAUAUCAGAAUUGGAAAGCAGGAAGAAGAAUUGAAUGGUGUGAAGAGUAAUGGAGGCGUUUUUUUGACAUGGAAUGACUUGUGGGUGACUGUUUCCACUAGUAAAAAUGGCAGCAAAAACAUACUUGAAAGAGUCACUGGCUAUGCUCGCCCUAGUGAGCUCUUGGCUGUAAUGGGUCCUUCUGGCUCUGGCAAAUCUACACUUCUCGACGCAUUAGCUGGGCGACUGGAUUUCAGCACGAGGCAGAGUGGGGAUAUUCUGAUCAAUGGUCACAAACAGAAACUUUCUUAUGGAACUUCUGCAUAUGCGACUCAAGAUGAAACUCUGAUAGCAACACUAACCGUAAAAGAAGCUGUUUACUACUCUGCACAGCUCCAAUUACCAGAUUCCAUGACAAAAUCAGAGAAAAUACAAAUAGCAGAACAAACUAUCAGGGAUAUGGGGCUCCAAGAUGCAAUGAACACAAGAAUUGGAGGAUUUGGCACUAAAGGAAUUAGUGGAGGAGAAAAGAGGAGACUUAGUAUUUGUAUUGAAAUUCUAACGAGACCAAAACUUCUUUUCCUUGAUGAACCAACCAGUGGCCUUGACAGUGCGGCAUCUUAUUAUGUGAUGAGUGGAAUUUCGCGCCAAAGAUUUGGAAGAACCAUUAUCACAUCUAUUCAUCAGCCCAGUGCUGAAGUUUUCAAUCUCUAUCACAGUUUAUGCAUUUUGUCUUCGGGAAGAACCGUGUAUUUUGGACCUGCUAGUGCAGCAAUUGAGGAUAUUGAACAUGGUUCAGCUGGAAGAAAGCCGACGGAAGAAGUGGUAGAUUUUCUCAUAAAUUCAUAUAAAUCAUCCGAGGAAUACCAUAAAGUUAAGAUCGAGGUUGCAGAAAUAUGUCAACAGGGUGGUGAAAUAUUGGAAAAAAGAAGUCAUUCCAACUUCACAACACAGAGCCUGGUUUUGACAAGGAGGUCAUCCGUGAACAUGUUCCGCGAUCUUGGCUAUUACUGGAUGAGAUCCGUGUCUUAUGUCAUCCUUGCUUUGGGUCUUGGUUGUAUCUACUAUAAUGUCGACUUAAGCUAUCGUUCAAUUGAGGAAAGAGGUCUAAUGGUGGCUUUCGUUGUUUCAUUUAUGACAUUCAUGACAGUUGGUGGAUUCCCUUCAUUUGUCGAGGACAUGAAGGUGUUCCAAAAAGAAAACUUGAACGGACACUAUGGUUGUUGUGCUUUUGUCAUUGGCAACACUCUUUCUUCCAUGCCGUACUUGUUAUUGAUUUCAUUGGUUCCAGGCGCCAUCGCCUAUUUCCUCACUGGAUUUCAAAAUGGAUUUGAGCAUUUCAUCUACUUUGCUCUGGUCCUCUUCACCGGUAUGAUGAUAGUCGAGAGCCUAAUGAUGAACGUUGCAGCUAUCGUGCCUAAUUUCCUUAUGGGCAUUGUGGUUGGCGCAGGAAUACAAGGAUUAAUGAUAUUAAGUGGCGGCUUUUUCCAGAUACCUAAUGAGUUGCCUAAAAUACUCUGGAAGUACCCAUUAUACUACAUUUCGUUUCAUAGGUAUGCUUACCAAGGCAUGUUUAAGAACGAAUUUGAAGGACUACAAUUUACAGAUUACGUCAACGGAAACAAUCAUACAAUUAGCGGAGAGCACGUAUUGAGAGAUAGAUGGCAAGUAGAAAUGGCGUACUCAAAAUGGGUAGAUCUUGCCAUUCUUGUGGGUACGUUAAUUUUGUAUCGCCUGGUAUUCUUCCUGAUCGUCAAGACGAAUGAAAAAGUUGUGCAUGCAAGAAAAACAUCCGCAUCAGUUUUGUCAAAUAGUAGGCAAAUUGUGGCUAAGUCCCUACCUGCCUCGCCUCUCCAUGGACUCACUUCAUCUGAUUGAAUUAGAAGUUGUUUAGUUCUUCGUGAUUGAACACUGUUUGGAUUGUCGUUUCAUUUUUAUAAUGUACCAUUUUGUACCGUAUUACUAUAUUUUGUUGUAUACAUCUCUUCGUGGACUCUCUUUAUUGUACGUAUAAUAACGUAAAGAUGCAAAUAACAGGGUUCAUAUUAAA